AUGUUAUGUUGGGGUUGCGAUUCGAAGGUGCAUGGGGCUAACUUUAUAGUGGGGAAGCAUUUGAGGGUUUUGCUGUGUCAUGAUUGUCAAGCCCCUACCCCUUGGAAUGGUUCUGGCCCUAACCUUGUGGCUACGGUUGCCUUUUGCCACAAUUGUGUUCACAAAAAUAGGCGGAAUAAUGGGAGACGGUGUGAGAAAGCUUGUGGGAGCUCUGAUGGCGGCGGAACUACUGCACCUAGUGGUUGCGAUGACGAUGACGAUGAGAUUGAAAAUCAAGUGGUGCCUUGGUUAUCUUUGUCCCCCAGCUAA